AUGGAGUCCACCAACCCUUCCUGCUUCCACCUUUUCCUCUUCUUCUUCUUCUUCUCCCCCAUUAUAACACAGCCUGCCCUCACCCAGGACCCAUCCGUCACCACGAUGACAAUAACCAAGGGCGACCCGUUCAUCGCCCCCACCACAGUGGCCAACCAGACCACUCCUAGCUAUGUGGAGACAACCCAAAACACCCCUCUAGAGACGGGAGUGUCCACUCCCGCAAGUGGUGGAGACGCUGAUGACGAGGAUGUCCCUCCAGUCGGCGGGACCCGUUGCCAGGGUUACUACGACGUGAUGGGCCAGUGGGACCCACCGUUCAACUGCAACGCCGGUGUCUUUCUUUACUGCUGCGGUACAUGCUUCUACCGCUUCUGCUGCCAGUUCCGCCAGCAGCGGCUGGACCAGAGAAUCUGCUCCAACUACGACACGCCCAUCUGGGCCAACACUGGUAAACCCGUAGCCACCAUCACCGAGGGCCAGGAGGACCAGGACCGGGACCGCACGCACCUCAUUGUCUACAUCAUCUGUGGAGUGGUGGCCAUCAUGGUGCUGGUGGGCAUCUUCACCAAACUGGGCCUGGAGAAGAGCCGCGGAGGAAGCGGAGGAGGAAGCGGAGCAGGGGCGCCACAUGCUGACAUCAACUCCAGGACACUGACAGACCUGCUGAAGCAGCACGGGGGUGAAGUGAGCUCGGUGGAAAACGCCACAGCCAGUUCACCCAAUGGGGGAAGAGCCAAUGGCAUCUCAGCCAGGAUGAUGCGCAGCAGGAGUGAGCAGUACCAUCUGAAUAACUCAGCUUAUGGGCCGUUUGGACAAGGGCUUCCACGCCCGCAAAGCAACCACGGCACAGUGGGACUGAACAAAUAUACUUCGCUUAAAGCUGUGGCGGACAGUGCGUCUCGUAGCUACUACAAGAGCUUCCCACUCAUGGACUUCUCUCACUACCAACCUGUGGCGCCUCCUGCUUUCCAGCCUGUACCAGUUCCACCCAAAGAGAAGUCCUACAUCCACCAGCCCCUGCCAGUGCACCACAACCUCCAUGCCCCGUUGUCCAUCUCCAUCCCCUCCAGCCAUCUGGAGCACUCACACCUCCCGAAGACAACCACACACCCGCUCCUUUCCAGCUCGGCCUUCAAAGUCUGGGAGCCGACUGGCCGCCAUGUCCAUAGGCAGACCUCUGCCCCAGGGCACAGCUCCUCCAUGCACAGCUCCUCCACGCACAGCUCCAUCCGAAGACACGGCUACUCGACCCGGAGGCAGCAGAGCAUAGAGAAUAUGUCGGAUCUCUUCAGUCAGCCCUAUGGAGGGAUGUACGGAGGAGCUGCGGGGGGAGCAGAACAGGGGCUGCGGCAGCAUGUCCAGGGGCAACACCCAUCUCAACCCCCUUAUUACCACCAUACCAGGCAAAAGAGCUACUCCACCCACAGUACGACUGAGGUGACCGUUUGAGUGCCAUCACC